AUGGGCGGCCAGACACCAAACAACAUCGCGCUGCCGCUCCUGCGUGCUGGUGUCAACGUGCUGGGCACUUCCCCUGAAAUGAUCGACACUGCUGAAAAUCGGUACAAGUUCUCUCGCAUGCUUGACCGCAUCGGGGUUGACCAGCCGACCUGGAAGGAGUUGACAAGCUUCGAGGAGGCAAGGGCCUUCUGCCAGAAGGUCUCGUACCCGGUAUUAGUGCGCCCGUCAUACGUGCUUUCUGGUGCGGCGAUGAACACGGUCUACUCGGAGCAUGAUUUGCAAAGCUACCUCCAGCAAGCCGCUGAGGUCUCACGCGAACAUCCGGUUGUGAUCACCAAGUACAUUGAGAAUGCCAAGGAGAUUGAGAUGGACGCCGUGGCCAAGGACGGCCAGGUCGUUGGUCACUUUAUCUCGGAGCACGUCGAAAACGCUGGUGUUCACUCUGGUGAUGCCACGCUCAUCGUCCCCCCACAGGAUUUGUCCAAGACAACCAUUCAGCGCAUCGAGGAGGCGACCCGCAAGAUCGGCGAUGCCCUCAACGUCACGGGCCCCUUCAACAUUCAGUUCAUCGCCAAGGACAACGAUAUCAAGGUGAUUGAGUGCAACGUUCGCGCCUCUCGCUCGUUCCCCUUCGUCUCCAAGGUCAUGGGCGUUGAUCUCAUCGAGAUGGCCACCAAGGCAAUCAUGAACAUUCCGUUCGAAGAGUAUCCGGAGAUUCAGUGCCCGCCGGACUGCGUGGGCGUCAAGGUUCCCCAGUUCAGCUUCUCGCGACUUUCUGGCGCUGAUCCCGUUCUUGGUGUCGAAAUGGCUUCGACCGGUGAGGUUGCGUCCUUCGGUGCCGAUAAGUACGAGGCAUACCUCAAGGCCUUGCUCUCGACAGGCUUCAAGAUUCCCAAAAACAACAUCCUUCUCUCCAUCGGCUCCUACAAGGACAAGGAGGAGAUGUUGCCUUCAAUCAAGAAGCUGCAGGAGAUGGGCUACAAAUUGUUUGCCACAGCCGGAACCGCAGACUUCCUUGGCACCCAUGGCGUGCAAGUGCAGUACGUCGAGGUCCUUCCUAAGGGAGAGGACCAAAAGUCCGAGUACUCGCUUUCGCAACAUUUGGCCAAGAACAUGAUCGACUUGUACAUCAACCUGCCUUCCAACAAUAAGUACAGACGCCCGGCCAACUACAUGAGCAAGGGAUACCAAACCCGCCGUAUGGCUGUCGAUUAUCAGGUCCCGCUCGUUACCAACGUGAAGAACGCCAAGAUCCUGAUUGAAGCCCUCGCCAGGCAUUUCGACCUCGACAUCGGUGUCCGCGACUAUCAGACCAGCCACCGCACGAUCCAGCUACCUGGGUUGAUCAACAUCGCUGCUUUUGUUCCAGGCUUGGUCUCCAGGGAUAGCGAUGACCUCCAGCGCGUGACCCAGGCCUCUAUCGCUGCUGGUUUCAGCAUGAUCCGGGUCAUGCCCGUCGGCAAGGAGGGCUCGAUCACAGACGUCAAGUCGCUGAAGGUCGCCCAGCAAAACAGCAAGCGCGGCGCGUACUGCGACUUCAACUUGUCCAUUGCGGCGACGUCAGACAACGCCCAUCAAAUCAGCCACGCUGCCGGUGAGGUCGGUUCCCUGUUUAUUCCGUUCAACCACCUCUCGGACAACAUUAGCAAGGUUGCCGCGGUGGAGGCGCACUUUGAAGCCUGGCCUACACACAAGCCGAUCAUCACAGACGCGCGGACCACGGAUCUGGCAUCCGUUCUACUACUCGCCAGCCUGCACAGCCGCCGUAUCCACGUCACGGCGGUAACCACCAAGGACGAUAUCAAGCUCAUCGCCCUCAGCAAGGAGAAAAGCCUCAAGGUCACCUGCGACGUCAGCAUUUAUUCGCUGCAUCUGUCGCAGAAAGACUACCCUGGGUGCCAGUUCCUGCCUACGGCGGAGGACCAGGUUGCCCUCUGGGAGCACUUGGAGACGAUUGAUGUCUUCUCUAUCGGCAGCUUGCCCUACCAGCUUGCUCACUUCUUGAAGAAGGAUGCGGAUGUGGCCGUCGGCAUUGCCGAUGCGCUGCCGCUUCUUUUGACUUCGGUCGCCGAGGGCAAGCUUACUGUCGGCGAUGUCAAGGCCAAGCUCCACGACAACCCGAGGGAGAUCUUCGAGCUCCACGAUCAGUUGGGCGCAGCCUUGGAAGUCGAGAUCGACCGCCCGUAUACCUUGGAAGCCACCGGUCCUUGGACUCCCCUCGCGGGCAAGGUCCUGAAGGCUACUAUCCAGCGCGUCACCUUCCAGGACCAAGUCGUCUGCCUUGAUGGGUCUAUUGUUCCCACGCAGCCAAGGGGCAGUGACAUGUCUGCCCAUGGGGCCAUACCUCCUAAUGCCGCCAUUUCAUCGCCUGCUGUCAAGCCUGUGCACCACCCCAUGUCGCCCAUCCUCGAUGACCGCCGUCAGCUCCGGUCGGCGCAUGGCAGGCCAAAGGCCACGGAAAGCAUGGGUCCUCUCGUUCCCCUAGCUCGGACACAUGGAGUCGAUGACCUUGCUCUCCCUUUGAGUAUGCAGCCGACCAUUUCGCCGUUGCAGGAAAUGCUCUCUGUUCCGUCGUCGUUCAAGAAGGCGCACAUUCUGUCCGUCAAGCAGUACACGCGCUCCGACCUGCGUCUCCUCUUCCACAUUGCCCAGGAAAUGCGUCUCGGGGUGCAGCGUGAAGGCGUCCUCGACAUCCUCCGUGGCCGUCUGCUGUGUACCCUCUUCUACGAGCCCUCAACGCGCACGUCGGCCUCGUUCGAUGCGGCCAUGCAGCGCCUCGGCGGCCGGACUAUCGCAAUCACGACAUCCACCUCGUCCGUCCAAAAGGGUGAGACACUCCAGGACACGCUCCGCACCCUCGCCUGCUACGGAGAUGCAGUGGUUCUCCGCCACCCGGAUGAAAAGUGUGUGGACGUCGCCAAGAAGUACUCCCCCGUGCCGGUGAUCAACGGCGGCAACGGCAGCAAGGAGCACCCGACCCAGGCCUUCCUCGACCUCUUCACCAUCCGUGAGGAGCUCGGCACCAUGCAGGGCCUCACCAUCACCUUCGUCGGUGACCUUCUCCACGGCCGGACGGUGCACUCCCUCGUCUACCUGCUCCAGCACUACGAGGUCAAGGUGCAGCUCGUCUCGCCCAAGACACUCGCCUUGCCUGCGACGGUCCGCCAGCAGCUCGUUGACACGGGCGCGCUGCUCUGCGAGUCGGAGGCGCUGACGCCGGAGAUCCUGGGGCGGACGGAUGUCCUGUACUGCACGCGCGUGCAGAAGGAGCGGUUCGAAAGCCCCAAGGAGUACGAGGCAGUCAAGGACUCGUACCGCAUUGAUUACGGCACCCUCAAGCAUGCCAAGUCCAACAUGGUGGUUAUGCAUCCGCUGCCGAGGAACGAGGAGGUCGCGGAGGAGGUCGAUUUCGACCAGCGCGCGGCUUAUUUCAGACAGAUGAGAUACGGUCUUUACUGCCGCAUGGCUCUGCUUGCGCUGGUCAUGUCGUAG